CUGCAUUCUUCUGACGUCACAUUUAUCCGACGCAAAUACAGAUCGUGCUUUGAGCAUUGGGUCAGAUAUUGAAAACAUACGUGCGGUAGGAGACGAGCUAUUUUAAGAAAUGUUGUGUUAUAACACAUUUGUAUUAUGGUUUUAAUAUCGGCGGACUUUUAACGAAGAAUUUAUAGAAAAUCGCGGGAUAUAAGAGGGACGACGCAGGAAGAAUUGUGCCAGACGUUUCUAUAGCAUAACGUUACAGCUAAGGAGGAUGAACGUGAAAUCUGUCUGGCUGCUGGUUCUUUCCAUCUCUAUUGGGGUCUGGUCAGUGCCUAUUGAUCGCAAUGUAGGCAACCAGGAAGCUAAAGAGGAAGUGCAGGAGGAGAACGGGGACACUGGCCUGUACUACGACAGGUAUCUCAGAGAGGUGAUUGAGGUUUUGGAAACAGACCCUCACUUCAGAGAGAAACUGCAAACAGCAAACACAGAAGACAUCAAGAAUGGUCGUCUCAGUAAAGAGCUGGACCUGGUCAGUCACCAUGUCAGGACUCGCCUGGAUGAGCUGAAGCGUCAGGAGGUUUCUCGCCUCAGGAUGCUGCUCAAGGCCAAACUGGACAGCACCAACAUACAGACCCUGCAGAUGGACCACGCCUCCCUGCUGAAGCAGUUUGAACAUCUGGAUCCCCACAAUCAAAACACUUUUGAGGCCAAAGACCUUGAGCUGCUGAUUUCGACGGCCACCAAGGACCUGGAGAACUACGACGCUGAGAGACACGAGGAGUUCAAACGCUAUGAAAUGCUGAAGGAGCACGAGAGACGGGAGUACCUGAAGGGCCUGGACCAGGAGAAGAGGGAGAGAGAGGAGAAGAGAAUGCAGGAGCUGAAGGAGAAACACCGCCAGCACCCCAAAGUCAAUGCUCCGGGUAGUGUUGCUCAGCUACGGGAAGUCUGGGAGGAGACGGACGGACUGGAUCCUCAGGAGUUCAACCCCAAAACAUUUUUUAAACUGCAUGAUACAAAUGAAGAUGGUGUUUUAGAUGAGCAGGAAUUGGAGGCUCUCUUCACUAAAGAGCUGGAGAAGGUCUAUGACCCAAAGAAUGAGGAAGAUGAUAUGAUGGAGAUGGAGGAAGAAAGGCUGAGGAUGAGGGAGCAUGUCAUGAAGAAUGUGGAUGCAAAUAAAGAUCGUCUCGUCAGCCUGGAGGAGUUCCUCAAAUCCACCGAGAAGAGGGAGUUCAAUAAUCCCAAAGAGUGGGAGACUCUGGACACCAAGCCGGCGUACACGGACGAAGAGCUCCAGCGAUUUGAGGCUGAGCUCAGGGACAAGGAGGAGGAGCUGAAGAGGAGGGCGGAGACUCUGCAUCAGGAGCAGGAGCUGCUGAAGGAGAGAGGCAAAGCCCUGGAGGCCCAGAGGAGAGAGUACCAGCAGGCAGUAUUAGAGAUGUCCCAGAGACAGAAGGAACAGCAGGCAGCAGACGGGCAGCCUCCUGCAGGUCCUCAUGGAGAACUACAGUUCCAACCAGAGAUACAAAAAGGGGAAGAUAAAGAGGCAAAAGCUCCAGCUGAACACGAAGCCGAGGCCCAUAAUAAUCUGCCUGCAGAGCCUCCACAGAAUCUGCCUAUACACACUUAAUGCAGCGUGCUCUGACAGCCUUAACACACACACACACACACACACACACAUAUUCUGAUUUGCACUGACACAGAUAUCCAGAUGGGUUCUACAAACAGAAUUAUGUGAACUGUAUGUAUAAAUUCAGACAGACGUGGCUUGUGAAUCAUGACAUAUUGUACUGUGUGUUCAUUUCUGUGGUCUACAUUAGAUUAAAGAUCUCAAAACAACAGAUAACACUAUAUGUAUUUUCAGAAGUCUUCAGUUUCAGUGAAGUUUUCAUUAAUGCGAGGUCCUCAGUGUAAACUCAUAAACAUCUUCAAAUAAAGUCUUGAUUUUAAAACCUCUAAA